AUGCUCAGAAAUCGAUCGCACGUGAAAGAACCAAACACUGACCAAAUAAUAUAUGUACAAGGAGAUUUUACUCGUUGGUGUCAAUUAGGUGGUUUGUGGACUUUUGUUGCUCUCCAUUGUGCUUUCGGGCUAAUAGGUUUUAUGUUACGUCAAUUUGAACUUGCUCAAUCUGUGCAAUUGCGACCUUAUAAUGCAAUCACAUUCUCUAGUCCAAUUGUUGUUUUUGUUUAUGUAUUCCUGAUUUAUCCAUUAGGUAGUUUGGUUGUUUUUUUUGCGCCUAGUUUUAGUGUAGUAGCUAUAAUUCAAUUCAUCCUCAAUUUCCAAGGGUUUCAUAACUGGACGCUGAACCCAUUUCAUAUGAUGGGAGUUGCCGGCGUAUUGGGCGCUACUCUGCCGUGCGCUAUUCAUGGUGCUACUAUAGAAAAUACUUUAUUUGAAGAUGGUGAUGGUGCAAAUACAUUCCGUGCUUUUAACCCAACUCAAGCUAAAGAAACUUAUUCAAUGGUCACCGCUAAUCGCUUUUGGUCUCAAAUCCAUGGGGUUGCUUUUUCCAAUAAAUGUUGGUUACAUUUCUUUAUGUUAUUUGUACCUGUAACUGGUUUAUCGAUGAGCGCUCUUAGAGUAGUCGGUCUGGCUCCAAAUCUACGUGCCUAUGACUUUGUUUCUCAGGAAAUUCGUAUAGCGGAAGAUCUUGAAUUUGAGACUUUCUACACUAAAAAUAUUCUCUUAAACGAAGGUAUUCGGGCUUGGAUGGGGACUCAAGAUCAGCCUCAUGAAAACCUUGUUCCUGAGAAGGUUCUACCACGUGGAAAUGCUCUUUAA